CUCAUUUCACUCUGCCUAACUCUGUUACAGACUGAACUCCUGGUCAUGAGAACCCAGGUCCUCUUCCUCCUCCUUUACUCAGGAGUUCUACACAUAGGUAUUCCAUGUGCAGCACAGAGUGAACUCUGUGCUUCCAGUAAUGGGCUCCCACUACUGAACUGCACCGCUCCUCCUGACCCCACAGCUGAUUUCCUGAUGUGUGUGGGAGUCCCAGAAGGCUCUGGGGCAGGAGAUCUGCAUGUUCUGAAGGGUCUGAUGGAGGCAGUGCUGGAUGUUUACACCUUCAUGCACUCAGUGAGCGGUGUUCCAGUGCUGGAGAUGAUCGGUGCGGUCCAGCUGAGCUGGACGUCUCUACUGCAGAACCAGGACUUUCUCCACUUCUGGUUGGAGUUCAGACUGACCCCUCUGCUCUCGACCGUCUCUCAGCAGUUCCUCACCUGCCUCAGCAACAGCGACUUCGACUGCAACACCUAUCACACUGUUGUGCAGAAGCUGAGUCAGCAUUAUUCUGGCAUGGAUCCUGAGAGGCAGAAGUGGAUUUAUAUGUUCUUCAUGUACCCCUUCCUCUCCAGGAACUCCUCCGCAGGUUGCGUGGACCCAAAUGGCACCACUGAGGACUGGCUGAUAAAAAAUUUUGGCUCGUUCUCAGUUCUGGGCCAGAUUAAAGACUUUGCUACCAUCAAUGGAUACUUCAGCGGGCUGGAGGUUCUACAUCUCUUAACACCUCAGCAGCAGGCGGAUCUCUUACUCAACCCUGAACUGGGUGGUGUGAACAACAUUUCGCUCAGCAUGGUGAUGGACAGCCUUCUGAACUCUGUACUGCCACCUGGUGGGGGAGUGAACCUUACAUCCAACGGUAGCAUGUGGACAACAGAUAUAUAUCUGCCCUCUCCACAAGACCCGGUCACUCAGGUGAUGAACGGCUUCAUGACAGCAUUUGCCCCAGUCAGGAGUUUCGUCAGAGAGUUUGUCUCUCUCUCACAUCAGCCGGACCUGAGCAGCGCCAUGUUUGUACAGGGGAUGCUGGACUGGACUCUAGCAGAACUGGCUGCUCCAUAUAAACAAAACAGCAGCACCGCCCAGACAGACCUAUUCGACCCGACGAACGUUAACGCCUGGUUUACUCAUGUGGUCACUCCUGUACUGCAGAGGUUUCUCCCUGGAGACAUUCCCAAUGACAUCAUAUCUGUGUUCCACGCAUUAUUCUACAUUAACACUGGAGCAAAUGAAACCACUGGACCCCCAGAUCUUUGCAGCAUUACUCUGGAAGCGCCUGAGUGUGCUCUAAAUAACCUGAUGCAGGACGUGGUGAAGGUUCUGCAGUGUGCAGACACUACUAACCUCACACUGACCCCCAAAACAUUAGAGACCAUCACUCUCCGCCUGACCACCAGCCUCAACCUGCUUCUGAACCAGCUUGCCAACACCAACUUUAGUGCUCCAGACUCGCCCUUCAGCGAUAUCCUGGACCGCUACAAGAACCCGUCACCAAGCAACCUGCAGGACGAGCUGUUCAUCAGCACCUGGUUCCAGAACAGACUGAAGCCUCGCCUAUCCCACCUGGACCAGAACUAUCUAACCUGCCUCAGUGCAAAACCCUUCAGCUGCCAAACCUACCAGAUACUUGUGAAGGGAAUGAGUGAUAACAUGUUCCUGAUAGGAGAACAUGAACAGCUGGUUUACACAUUCUUCAUCACUUCCUUCCUGCAACAGCAGAAUUCCACAGCCCCCUGCAUGAAUCACAGCAGCUCUCAGUGGAUCCUGAGGAACCUGGGUGGGUUCUCGCACCUGGUGUCAGUGCCGGAGCUGUACCUGCUGAACAAGGAGUUCAAUGCGCUGGAUGCUCUAGAUGUCCUGACCCCACGACAGAUAGCACAGCUGGUGGUGGAGGACCUACCUGUACUUCCAGAGAAGAAGCAGGUGAUUGAUGCCGUGUUCGAUUUCGCCUUGGUUGCCCCCAUCGAGAGAAACCUGACCGAGAUCCUUCACAACAUCAUCAUCCUCACAGAACAGAUGGGAAUGAACUGUUCAUCCUAUCAGCAAAUAUUGAAUAGGCUGUACGCUGCUACUGUUCCUCCGGAGAUACAGAAGAUUGUACACGAUGCCAUCAACACACUCAGCCUGAACUCACCUUCAGAUUGUCUGAUUCUGCCACCUGCAACAUGUCUUUCAAUUCCAGUGAACGAAAGUCUGAUUUGCGCUGGAGUUUACAGUGUUGAACAGUUUAACCCACUGAUGAACAUCAGCUGUAACACCAGUCUGGAACAGGCCACAUGCUCACAGGCGGUGACGGGACUGACAGCGCAGGACCUGGCCAGUUUUCUCACCUGUUCACUGUCCAGCAAUACUACCUACUACAAGGAGACGUGGAAGCUCCUCUUCACUAAACUGGACGGAGUUCUGGACAACGCCCUCAGGAUCUUCUCUAGCAGAGCGCUGCCCUGGCCAGUCAACAACCCCUCAGUGUCGGAGAUGCUGGAUGCAGUUGCUGAUGUUCGUCUGCAGCAAUUCAGUCCUGACCAAUGGGAGAACGUGUCUGUAAUAGCCAACCUGUUCGAUAACGUCCUGAAGCCGCUCUUACCCUUCGCUUCAGCAGAUCUGCUCUACUGCUUCAGCAGCAAGAACUUCAGCUGCAACACCUACCACCUCCUGUUGAAGGAGUUUAGUGAUCAGAUGUUCCUCCUGGAUCAGAUGGAGAAGCUAAGAGUUCUGAAAGGCUUCAUCCUGUCUUACCUCACCAAGAACAGCACAGAUGUGGGCUGUGUGUUCAGCACUAACGGCAGUUCUGAUUGGCUGCUGAAGAACUUUGGGGCAUUUUCUGAACUUCUGGCCGUCAGAGAUCUGAUCACCAUCAACCCUCUCUUUGACCCGAUGCUCGUUCUAUCGUCCCUCACUCCACUACAAACAGCAGAGCUGAUGGUGGAGAAUCUUCCUGGGCUUCCAGAGAAAUCCGACACCAUCAACACAGUGUUCGACUUCCUGCGUUCCUCACCCUGGAAACUUAUUCAAGUCAUACAAGAGCUUCUGAUGUUCUCAAACAAGGGUAUGAUCCCCUGCAACUCCCACGCUGUGAUAUCCAACAGGCUGUUCUGGGCUCUAACCUUCAUUCCACAGGAAUUAGAAUACCAGUUUUCAGCAUUAGCGGAUCAGCUGAAGCUCUCUGCUCCUCAAGGAUGUGUACUAACUCCAUUUCCUACAUGCAUCAUCACACACGUUAAUGAGACGCAGCUCUGUGAGGGAUUCAACAGAUUUUCCAGUGAGCAGCUUUUGCAGGACCUUCAUAACGGUUCCUGUUCCAUCAGUCUACAGAACUAUGCCUGCUCUCAGCUAUACGGGUUCAGCAGUUCAGACCUGGCAUUACUACUGAGCUGCACCGUCAACAGCACUGAGUACCCAAAUGAGGUCUGGAAGCUUCUGUUCUACAAAGCUUAUCCCAUACUGGACCAAGCCCUGCUCCUCUUCUCCAACAUGACCGGCAAUAAGCCUCUACCGAGGAGCCCAGCUGUAGCUAAUGUCCUGGGCAUAAUUGCAGAAGUUCAGCUGGACAGGUUUACUCCUGUUCAAUGGAAUGACGGUGCUUUAAUCAGCACAAUCUUUGGAAACACCCUGAGGCCAUAUCUAUCUUCAGUACGUUACAUCUUCCUCCAGUGCCUUGUGGGGAAAAAUCUCAGCUGCCCAACAUUCCAGAUAAUUGUUCAGGAGUUCAGUCAGUUUUUCAGCUAUAUGGACGCGCCUACCGUACUCAGCGAGUUCUUCCUGCCCGUCCUGCUCAUUAACUCAGACAUGGGCUGUGUGUCCAGCACUAACGGCAGUUCUGAUUGGCUGGUGAAGAACUUUGGGGCGUUUUCUGAGCUAAUGACCGUCAGAGAUCUGAUAAACAUCAACCCUCUCUUUGACCCGCUUCUGGCUCUGUCCCAGCUUAGUCCCUCUCAGGUAGCUCAGGUGAUGCUGAUGGACGUUCCUGAUCACUCCACAGACGAGGUCAUCAACUCUGUGUUUGAUUUCCUGGUUGAAUCUCCGGAAACUCAUAGAAUGCCUGCAGUUCUGAACGCCCUCACCAGUUCCACUGAAAUGAUACCAUGCUCCUCCCAUAAACUCAUCUUCACCCGGCUGCAGCUUGCCCUGCUGUCCGUACCUGCACAGGUAACACCAGCCAUCCAGAGCACCUUCGACCUUCUGUUGCUGCGCGCCCCCGCAGGCUGUUUGUCAUCUCUACUGCAGUGUCCAGUCACUCUGGUAAACGAAUCUGAAGUGUGUAGAAAUGUGGACAGCUCUGCUGUACAGUCUUUCCUGACCACCGGGGGCUCCAUCGAGUCGCUCUGCAGAUUUCCCAUUCUCAACUACUCAUGUGCUGAUCUGCAUCUCCUGACUGAGCUCCAGUUGUCCAGUCUACUGCAGUGUAAACUGGGCAGUGCUGAGGUUUCUUCUAAGGACGUCUGGAAACUGUUCCUCACUAAAGUCUCAGCGAUUAUGGAUGGCGCCCUCUAUCAGCUGACCCGGAACACGGACUCUCUUAAAGGCCAGAGCGUUACGGUGGUUCUGGAGGUGAUCGCUGAGAUGAGACUGAACCAGUUCACACCGGAUAAAUGGGCAGAGGGAGGAACCAUCUCUGAUUGGCUGAACACCCACCUCAAACCCUUCUUACCGUCAGUCUCUGGAGUCUUCCUCUACUGCCUGAGCAGCAAGAACCUCACCUGCUCCUCCUACCAGACUAUUCUACCUGUGUUCUCUCAGAAGUUCUCUUCGAUGGAUGCUGUACAGGCAGAAUUGGUGCUGCAGUACUUUAUCAAACCCUUCCUGACUAGUAACUCCACAGGGGGCUGUGUAAGUAUCAACAACGCCGAGUGGUUAUCGCGUAACUUCGGGCAGUUCUCUCAGAUCAUCACCGUGAAUCAGCUGAUGAACAUCAACAAAAACUUUAACCCUCUGGAUGUCCUGGACAUGCUAAAUCUCGGUCAACUGGUUGAGGUUUUGACCUCAUCUGGCCUCAUCAGCACCUCCGCACAGGUGAACCUGCUGAUGAACAAUGUUCCAGAUUCUCAGCUCUACAUGUUCUUUACUUCUCUGGCCAAUACACAGCAGGGUGUGGUACUCUCUGGCCCAGUAAAGGUGACUCUCCUGCAGCAGGUGCUGGAUAGGGUGAACCUGGCAGACCUGUCGGUAUCUCAGAUGCAGGUUUGGGUUGAUACCAUUCUGCCCCCAUUGAUCCCAGCUAUAACCCAAAACCAGAUCCCAGAGUUCUUCACCAUGUUCCAGAACACACCCUGCAACAUCAGCCAGCAGGCGGUCUUACUGUUGAACAGCUCCUCCUCCAGUUUCAGUAAUGACAUGCUGCAUAACGUCUACCUGGAGAUCAUCAACUCACUGAAAGGUAAGGAUGGGUUGCGUUGCUAUGGGAACCAGAGCUUCUACUCCUUCCUGCAGUCAUCUUUCAUGAGUUUCCAGUUCCCGCCCCUCUCCGUCCUCCUGUCAAUCAUCCCCACCGAUCUCCAGCCACAGCUGCUGAGCUCCAUGUCUCCAGCUGAGCUGUACAGUUAUCUGAGUGGACCCGGCGCCGUGGACGACCCGACCCAACUCUGCCAAGUCUUUGACAACUACCAGAGCAUCGGAGAGUACCUGCAGAAUGAGCCGGUUGUAUCUGCAGCUGUGGGCAGGCAGACGUUGGCAUGUGUUUGGUCUCGUGCUCUCAGUGCGUCGUCUCAGGAUGAGGUGGAUCAGUGGUUUAAUGUCAGACUGGGUCGGUACCUGCCCUUCCUCAGCUCUCAGCUCAUUAACUCCACUCAGCUCAGCGGCGCCUCCUGCCUGUCCUACAGGAAACUUGUGUCGGUUAUGGGAGGGUACAACUACAGCAACGUGGACUUCACACAGCAGGACGUCUACAUCGCCAUCAAGGACUACCUGACCACAGACUUCACCCCCAAGUGCUACAACCCUGCAGACCCGUUGCUAAACUCCACCUCCUGGUUUGUGGACUACCUCGGCUUCUUCAUCUCCUUCGUCAGCUUGGAGGACCUGGACGCAUUCGGAGGAUUAGAGCUGCAGAGCUUCACACUGGACAUGACGAACCUGAAACUGUUCCAACAAUACAGCGUUAAUGAAGAUGUCAUGUCUGCGUAUGUGGAGAUGCUGUAUGAAGUGAACAAAACCUUCAGUGCCUCACUUCUGCCUGGAGUCUUACAAUGCUUUGCUCCGGCCAUCGGAUUUACUGACCUCGACAGCUCAGCGUCAGUGACCGUAUUGGAUUCCCUGGAGACCUACUGCAGCAACUUAGACCCUACUGUUUCGGCGGCUUUGGCGGAGAACAUGGGUUCUGUUACGUCCUCGUCGAUCUCGGCUCUGGGGAACUCUAGUACCGGACUCAGUACCGGCCAGAUCUCCAGUGCCAGCCCAGCCAUCCUUAGCUCCUCCCUCAGCGUUCUCAGCAACGUCAUUGGCUGGAGCCAAGCCCAGACCCUGACCAUCGUCCACACCCUGCUCAACUCCGGAGUUUUCAAGAUCACCAGCUCGUCUUCGCUGCUGCAGUUGGGAACAUUAGUUACCGGCGUUCCGUCCACCGUCUUCACCACCGUCCAACCAACCGAGCUCCUCAAAGCCGUCCAAUCAGCAAGCUUCCUCACCAGCAUCACCAACGCCCCCAGCGUCACCCAGCAGACCAUCGUCUACCAGCUGAUUACACUGGACUCGUCCUCGGACGCUGUAGUGAACAUGAUCCCGGGAUCUCUGGCCACGCUGAUUCCUCGUAACUCCCUGCUGAGCGUCUCCACCUCCUCCGCCGCCACCAUCAAUAAGAAACAGUGGAAAUACGAGCAGGCGAUGUUGUUUUUUGAUGCCGUGGCUGGAGCUAUAACUGAUGAAGACAGUAUAUCUGCGACAGUGAUGCAGGGAUUCACCAGUACUCGUGUUCAGUCCUUUACUGUGCAGAAAGUGCAUAAACUGAUUAAAGGCUGCCGACGCCGCAACAAUUUCCGAAUCAUCCUGCAGGAGUCGCAGUUGACCUGUAUGUACAACUACAUACAGUGGACAGCAGUGACCAACUUCACCAACUACCCUCCUGAACUGCUCCUGUAUUACGAUUACUCUCUGAUAAAUCAGUCUCUAUGUCAGGAUUAUUUCUCGGCUCUGGGAUUCGCUGAUUUCACCGUUCUCUCCAGCGACAUGUCCUUCAGGAAACAGAUCCUGCUCAACAACGCUUUCCAGUGCCUGAAAAUAUCAGGUACUAAAUUAACUCGUGCUCAGCUGGAGGUUUUGGGGAAUCUGACAUGUUUUCUGGGCAGUUCCUACAUCCUGGACUCAGACCCGUACGUCCUGGAGAAGCUGAAACCCUGUCAGAGCUUCUCAAAAGAUCAGAUCAGCGCCAUAGAGACCGUCCUGCUGACCAAGAACACUGAAUACGGAGCUCCGGUUAAUUGGACAAUUUCUACACUGAACAAGCUGGGAGGUCUUCCUUUAUACUUCACCUCCAACAUCUGGGUUUACUUCACCUUGAAAGAUAAGGCUCAGUUCUUGAAGACAUUCUUGCCACCACUGAGAGAGAAUCUAAAAUUCAACAAAGACAAGAUCAUCUCCUUGAUGAAUGAAGCCCAGAAAAUGUCCAAGACAAAAACCAGACUGUCCCACAGAAUCAAGCGGGACACAGCAUGCACAGCAGGAGAUAUCACUCAAGUCCAAGCGAACGAUAACUCUUUUCCGUUUGGCUACGAUGUAACACAGUUUAACGUCUGUCUGAGUGUUCAGACACUGAAGGACAAUCUGGCCGCCAUUUCACAGAAAGUUGUUGGGAGUGAAUACCAGCGUGUCAUCCUGGAUAAACUCAACCAGGCCUACCCAUCAGGCAUCAGCGAUGAGAUUCUGCAGGUCCUCGGCCCCGCCUCCCGCGCUGCCACGGUAACCGAUAUCAGCAAGUGGAACAUCACUAAGGUGGACACACUGUCAGCCCUGAUGAAAUCCAGUGAUGGAAACUGGACCUCAGAUCAGGUGAAAGCUGUUGUCAGUAGGUACCUGGUGGUCGGUGGGAAUUCUCUGGGUCGCUCUGAGUUGAACGCUCUCGGAGGAGUGAACCUCUGCGCUCUGGACAUCAGUACCCUCAAUACAAUCACCUCCACCAACUUACAGAGUGCAGGUUCGCUGUCAGUAUCUACCUGCAGUUUGGAUCAGAAGCAGGUUCUGUUCAGCGUCGCUCAGACGGCCUUCAGCGACAAAACCCUGAACACCCCCCGAGCCUCCACCCCCGUCUCCACCAACGCCUACCAGCUCAUCCAGACCUACCUCGGUGGUGCCAGUCUUGCGUACGUCCAGAAUCUUGCAGCAUCAAAUAUCAGCAUGGACAUGCCGACCUUCUUGUCACUGAACCCAGCUGUGAUCAAUGCUCUGACAGUCUCUGAAGUGAAGGCUUUGUUGGGAAAUGCUAAUUUAGCGGAUCUGAAGAGGUAUGAGAACAACACUGUGGUUCAGAACUGGGUUCGGCUGCAGCCGCAGGUCCAGCUGGACGCGCUCGCUAUUGGCCUGACGGGCGGAACCGCCUCCAACAGCACCACCGCAGCACCCGCCACCUCCAACGCUACGACUGCUAACGCUAUCGCAGCUACAGCUACAACAGGUUCGGGGUCGAGAGUCCAGGCCCCUCCCAGACUGCAGCUACUUGUCUUGUUGUGGGUUGUCAUGGCAACACUGAAGCUAAUGCACUAAUGACAUCACAACAUUAUAAAAUUAUGAUAAUGAUGAAAUUGUAACUGUUCUUUAUUACAUUAUAUUAGUUAUACCCCGAAUUUGGUAUUUUACGUAUUGCACUUUAUACAUUAAAAUUACGCUGUUUUUUUCCUUACUGUCCUACAGUCCUGCUUCAGUCCUGUCUUACACUACAGUCUACAGUCCUGUCUCACAGGCCUGUUUAAGUCCUGUCUUACACUCCUGCUUCAGUCCUGUCUAACAGUCCUGUCUUACAGUCCUGUCUUACAAUACAGCUUCAGUCCUGUCUUACAGACCUGUCUUAAUGUCCUUUCUUACACUAUAGCUUACAGUCCUAUUUCAGUCCUGUCUUACAGUCCCGCUUUAGUCCUGUCUUACACUCCUGCUUCAGUCCUGUCUAACAGUCCUGUCUUACAGUCCUGUCUUACAGUCCUGUCUUACAAUAUAGCUUCAGUCCUGUCUUACAGUCCUGAUUUACAGUCCUACUUCAGUCCUGUCUUACAGACCUGUCUUAAUGUCCUUUCUUACACUAUAGCUUACAGUCCUAUUUCAGUCCUGUCUUACAGUCCCGCUUCAGUCCUGUCUUACAGUCCUGUCUUACAAUACAGCUUCAGUCCUGUCUUACAGACCUGUCUUAAUGUCCUUUCUUACACUAUAGCUUACAGUCCUAUUUCAGUCCUGUCUUACAGUCCCGCUUUAGUCCUGUCUUACACUUCUGCUUUAGUCCUGUCUUACAGUCCUCUCUUACACUACAGCUUCAAUCCUGUCUUGUCUUAUAGUCCUGCUCUAUAGUCCUGCUUCAGUUGUAGGUCCUGCUCUUUGGAAUUAGGCGUGUUUUAUGAAUGAUUUUUUAUGUUACUAACAUACAGUAUCUAAUAUGGGAAACGGUACUGAACCUAUUUAUGAUGCUAAUGCUAAUGCUAAUGUAGCCCCGCCCUUAAUCAGACUACUGUCUCUCUCUUAUUUUCCCGCUUUCUUACCUUCAUAUCUCUGCACUUGUCCAGCAUUAUAUCCAUUAUAUUCAUCAUUAAUAAGCCAGAUUAUUAUUCGUUUAAUCAGCACAAAUGUGCUAAAUUUUCUCUGUAAAUAGGAGAAAUGCAAAUUAAUAAAAAAUGAAUAAAUAAAUAAAGAAUUCUCCACCACA